AUGCCCCCUCGCGCAACACGCUCAACCGCCAAAGCAACUAAGGGCGCCAAGGACAAGCCCCAGGCCGCGACAGCGACGCCGGCGGUAGAGAAGCCCAAGGUCACGAAGACGGCAAAGCCCAAGCCCCAGUCUUCGUCCCACAACGAUGAUGCUGAACCUGUCGUCCCCGCCCCCGCUCCCAUGAGCUAUCAUGCCAGGCUUAAGGAAGUAAAGAAACAUAUGAGGACGGUACUCAAUUUGCCAGAGAAAGAGCUGGACAAGGUAGCGAGGGACGCCGUGGCUCAGGAGGUCAAGAAGAGGGGCUCAGGGGAGAAGGAGCGUCAGGAAGACAUACAGGAGAAGAUGGCUGCCAUGAUGAACAACGAGGGGUCGACUGGUGGGGAAGUCGAUGAGCUGGAGCCUAGCGACAAGGAAGCCGACCCCCGCGAUGAACAUGAGGUCGAGCCAGAUGAGCCCGCUGCUCGCGACAAGGGGAAAAAGAAAGCGGGGCCGCCUGCGAAGCCACCAUCUACCCCGCUGCGAGGAAAAAGGAAGGCCGCCGAUUCUUCCGACGACGAGGGUAGCAAUGGCGGGUCUGACUUGACGAAGCGUGGACAGAAGAAAGUGAAGAGAUAUGUCGUUCCAACGGGGCCGCCAAACUCGAAGCGUCAGAUGGAAGUCAUGAUUCCAAUUUCCCCAGAGCGUGCCAAGAAGAUGCGUGCACAAUCUGUGCCAUCCCAGGACGAGGACAGUCUCACUGCACGUCUUGGUGCGAGGGGCCCAAAGGCGACGGCUCGAGUUGUGGUGGACAGUGACAACGACAUGGGGAGCGACGAGGCAAAGAGAGACAACAAGGGGAAGGGCAGCGAUGAGGAGAAGGGGAGCGACGAGGCGAAGGGGAGCGACGAGGCGAAGGGGAGCGACGAGGAGAAGGGGAGCGACGAGGAGAAGGACAACAAAGACAGCCCGCCCUACAAGCCAGAGGGUAGUGAGCAAGAGCAUGACAGCGAAGAUGACGGCGAUGACAAGAUGAUCAUCAAGUCGGAGAGCGAAGGGGACACAGCUCCCAAGGGGCGGAAGUUGAGAAAGAAGUCCAAGUCCAACGAGAAGACGUCCAAGUCCAACGAGAAGACGUCUGAGUCCAACAAGGAGGCCGUGGGCGCGUUCGAAACGUUCAUGGAGGACGAGAGGGUCAAGAGCCUCAUUGACAAAGCGCAGCAAGAGUUCAAGGCAUACGUAUCUCUGGAAAACGCAUGGCCGCGCAUGAGGGAUGGCGUGAACGAGAAGCAGCAAGUGCCUGCUGAUAUCAUUGAGCGGCUCAUACGCUCCCACAGCCGAUACCAGACGAAGGAAUUCCAGGAGCUGUUUGAGCCGAAAUGGAAUCUGGACAGGACUAAAGCUAAGAUCGUCUCCAGAGUCAACAAGAUGGCCCCUCAGGUUCGUCAAGAGAUCAAACAGAAGGCCAGGCUGGUCGUCAAUAGGGUGUUCCUCUUUGCGGAGCUGCCACGCGGUUCUGAAGAUCAGGAUGAAGAUGCGGAAGAGCUCAACGAAAGGCUGAAAGAGGCCCAGAAGAAGCGCAUCCGAUGGCUGAAGGCCAACAACACCUUCCACUACGGGCAAAUCAAACUGCCCCCGCCUGACGUUGAACCUGAACUGUGGGACGAGCCGGAGCUGGACAUGCCGUUCCACAACCAUAUCUUGGCCGCCUUCGACGAUGUGUUGGAUGCCACAUCCGUUCACUUUCAACAGAAGGUGUAUGCAGCCGUAUACGAUAAGUUGAAGAUUGGUGUGGAUGUAAUCCGACGCGACGAGGACUUGGUUGAACUGGCCAACUCCAUGAACAAGACGCUGAAGGAUCACAUCAAGGUGUAUGCUAACCUCAAGCGCGAUGAUGGCAAGAACGUCAAAGCCAAGAAGGCCGUAGCCGAAGACCCGGGUUUCAACACUGGGAUGUUGAAGGCGAAAUGGCGGCGGCGAGCCGCCAGUAACGCUACCCCAGCUGCGUCGCAGCGUGCUGCUGAGGCUGGGCCGUCGAACGCUGGUAGUGGGGACAAAGACUAG